AUGGGAUCAGACGAAGAUUACAUGGCGUUCCUCGACAAAGCCAACGAGGAUCCCAGUGCUGGCACAUCAAAGGCUACGAGCAGUAAUAAAAAAGCCGAGUUCAAGACGAUGGAUGAUGAUGUGGAUGUACCUAGCGUGCUGGUUAGAGCAACCAAGGAUGCGUGGUACACCAGUGAUGCCGAUGAACCAUUUGUUGUUGUGGCGCUGAAAUGUGAAGGAGGAAUGCCGGAUGAAGAAACAUUCGCGAGGCUCAUAGCCCAUCCUGCUCCCGCAGACGCAGCGGAAGAAAUACAGAUUAUGGAUAUUGGGGAGUGGGAUCCGCAGGGACAGUAUAAGCAGAUUGUGCAAGCAGUGAGAGAUGCUAGUAAGGGGAGUGAUGUGAGGGUUUAUAGGGUGUCGGGGGAGGGAGCGAGAGUUGAGUAUUGGGUUGUGGGGGUUGAGGGAGGGAGAUUGGUUGGAGCGAAGGCGUUAAGUGUCGAGAGUUAG